AUGGCGACUGGAGCGGGCUGGCAGCAUUACUACAACCCCGCUGGCAGCGCUUCGACGGGGAAAUAUAACAGCACCUCCACUUCUACAUCCACCAGCACGUCCUUCCCGUCGGGGUUAACCCUCGAAUACACGCAGGACCUCCAUCUGAAGAUGAGCAAGAAGAUUGCACAGCUGACCAAGCUAGUCACAGUAGAGGAGCAUCACCCCGUGUCUGAGUUGCCCAGGAUUCCAUUUGCAGGUCCAAGAACUGCUUCGCUCACACCAAAGCCAGAUGCAAACUACAGCAAAGACCAAGAGAAACUGGGACAGCUUCACACGGAGGUGGAUUCCAUGACCGAAAGAGUUGAGGAACUGAAACAGGACAAGAAGCGUCUGGUGGAGGAGUACGAGGCCAAGCUAAAUAAAGCCCAGGCUUUCUAUGAACGGGAACUGGAGGCCAUGAAGCGCACGCAGCAGAUGACUGCAGAGAACCUGCUGGCCUGGAAGAAGACUGAAGCCGAGCUGAGGAAGGAGUUCCAGGUGCAGGAAGCAGCGCUGCAGAAGACUCGGGGGAAGCUGCGCAGUGAACUGCAGCGGGUGCAGGAGGGGCCAGGGAGGCAGGAGAAAUCCCACAAACUGCAGGCUUCCCUCAUUGCUGCAGAGAACAACAUCAAGGAGCUGCAUAAACAGUUGGAGGAGGUGACUAAGGACAAGGAGAUCGUGGAAAUCAGGCAGAGGGGCAGUGUGAGCUGGAGGGUCCAGAGACCGAGUGCAGCAGCAGGCCACAGAGAUCCUGCUCAAAUUUCUGUCUCCCGCUUUCUCUGGGCCGGGCCCAGGUCAGAUCGGAAGCCUGCAGGCCACCCAGAUGACCUCACGAGGCGGUCCAUUCGGGAUCUGGAAUUCGGAGAAGUUCCCGUCUUAAGGGACAAGGUGUUUGCGCCUGGAGGAGGAACGAGGGGCAUUGCAGAAGAAAAAUCACUUCGAGAGGAAAAGCAGAUCUAUGAGAAGGAGCUCAUGAACUUGCGUGCCAAAUAUGAAGAGGACACUGCUCCCUUUAAGGAUGCCCACAGCCGGCGGAAGAGAUGGAGUCUCAGAAACAACAGCACGAUGCCAAACUCAUUGCUACCAAAGAGGAAGAUGAAUCUCAAAAUGGAUAAGAUGCGCCCUGGAGCUCGAGCUGAAUUGGAACAGAUGCGUGAGGAGCUGCGUGAAGAGCAUGAGGAGAAUAAAAGGUCAGCGCUCACUCAGCUGGCACAGAAUAAAGAUCAGGAGAUGUGCUCCGCCAGAGAGAGCUGGCAGAGGAAGGUGGAGGACCUUCUGGAGCAGAUUUCCUUGCUGAAACAGAGCCUGGAGAUGCAGCUUUCCCAAUCCCAGCAUUCCCUGCAGCAGCUGCAGGCACAGUUCAGUCAGGAGCGAGAGCACCUGGGACAGCAGCUGCAGGAAAUGGAGCUGGAGCAUCAGCGCAGGGAGCAGCGGCUGCAGGAAGCCCAUUGCUGCGCUAUGCAGGACAUGGAGGAAGUGCAGGAAGCCCACUCAAGGGAGCUUGAGGAGCGUCUACGGCAGCAGCACCACAUGGAGCUUCAGACUCUGCGAGAGGCUCACAGGCAGAACAUUGAGACUUUGAAACAGCAGUCAGAGCAAGAGCUGCAGACCCUCCGCUUCGAACUGGAGGAUGAGGGCAAGGCCAUGUUGGCAUCCCUGCGUUCAGAGCUGAACCAUCUUCACGCAUCAGCCAUCGAACAUAUGCGUCAAACCCAUCAACAGGAAGCAGCGGCUGCCAAACAGGAACUGGAGAACGCUCUGGAGCAGAGCAGAGUAAAGGAACGUGAGCUUCUGAGUCGCAUCUCAGAUCUGCAGGAGGAGGUCAGUCGCAGGAAGAAGCAGAUUGCCGAUCUGGACCACGAGAUUCACACCCUGAACGAGAACAUCAGCACUUUGACCAAGGAGCUGGAACUCAAGGGCAAAGAGGUUUUGAAGAUCCGUAGCGAGGCCAAUCAGCAGAUCAGAGCUCAUGAGCAGGACCUGUGUGAAGAAACACGAGCGUGAGAUGGCCGAGCUGAACGCUCUCCACCACAGAGAAACACAGAACAUGCUGUCAGACUUCAACAAGGCCCAGGAACUGC